GUACGAGUCGGAGUUCUACUCCAACGUGGUGCAUCACCGGGGCAUCAUCUCGUGGGGUGCGGUGGACCCGUGUCAGCCGGACCGACUGGUGGGGUUCAUCACUGCGCGCUUGGUCCCACCAGCAGAGGCACAGGGUGCGGACGUGCUGCCUCUGGUUCCUCCUUCCCCCCGCCACACCCCAUCACCCACCCUCCUCUACAUCCUCACGCUCGGCGUUGCAAAGCCCUACCGCAAGGCUGGCGUGGCGUCCCACCUGGUGCAUCUGCUGCUCUCCCACGCCGCCUCCCUCCCCCACUGUGCGGCCGUCUACCUGCACGUGGUCGCAUACAACGCACCCGCCAUCCGCUUCUAUCGCUCGCUGCGCUUCUGCUACCGCCGCCGCCUCUCCCGCUUCUACUACCUCGAGGGGGCCGAGUACGAUGCGCUGCUCUUUGCACGUUACGUCAACGGCUGGUCACCGCCUGAUUCCAGGUCCCAGUUGCAAGGGCCAACUCUCCAGCUACUGCAGCCUGCAUUCACAGCAGCUUCUACUGCAGUGUCUGCUGCCAUGUCCCUAG